AUGCCGACCACUCCAACCCCCAGCCUUUUGAAUGCCACGGCCGCCGAGUUUGCUCCCGGUCACAGUGCGCAUCCCAGCCCAGCCCCGAGCGAGCGCUUCUCUUCCCCUUCGACGCCCCUCUCAGCCGUGAACUUUCAAUCUCAGUUCCAGUUCCCGCCACAGAAGUACUACAGCCAUCAGAAACAGUACGGAUACCAGCCAUUCCCUCUAUUCAACGGCUACACACAAACCUACGACUUCCCAGCUACUCCACCUCCUUACUCUGCACAACCCCAAGGAGCAGUACCUUGGUAUCCCCAGCAAAACGGCUGCGUCAGCUACACGGUCAACUUACAGGAGCCUUUUGACGACCAGUUCAGAGAGCUUCAGGGUGUGCGAAAUGGUUACAUCCCUAGCCAGCAGAACACAUGGUACCACUACGGCACCGGAAACAACAAUAUCAAUUUCAGCAACGGUGCUCCCAAGAAGAAAGGAAAGAAGAACAAGCGCAACAAGUUCAACAAGUUCAAAAGGGGGCAGUACCGUACUGAGGAGCAGAACGUGGAGCAGCCCACUGAUGCUGAGCCCAAGCUCGAGAUUGAUGUCGAUAGUCAAAACAUGGAAUAG